GCCAUGAACAACCACAACCGACAUGGAAUGCCUGCAGCACCAGUCAAAUCCGAACCUCUUCCAGAUCCCACGCUUGGCUGUCAACUCCGCACCACAUUCCCAGUCGCCCGUAUCAAGCGGCUCAUGCAGGCCGAUGAGGAUAUCGGCAAAGUCGCCCAAGUCACCCCGACUGUUGUCAGUCGGGCGUUGGAGCUCUUCAUGAUCAAAUUGAUCUCAGCAUCAGCGAUGCAAGCGCGAGCGGCGGCAACGGGUGGCUCCGGGCCAAAGAGGAUACUCGUCCAACAUUUAAAGAAAGCUGUGCUCGCAGAUGAAACCUUUGACUUUCUACGGGAGAUUGUGGACAAAGUACCCGAUGCUCCGACGAAAGGCAAG